CUUCUUUAUUUUCUACAGUAACGACUCUUCCUGUAACUGUAUCAGUCAAUGACAAUAAAUUAUCAAGUGUAAGGAGAUCCAGGAUUUUAAGGCAUUCUUUCUUCUCAAAAUCAUCCAUCAUUUACAAGGUUGCAAACUAACCGAAACAGUACUCAAAACAGAAAUACUUUUAAAAUUUAUUUCGAUUUCCCUUUCAUGGAGAAAAGUUAUUAACCACACACCCCUGAAACAAUUCGAAAAAUAUGUAUAUAGUCAUAGUCAUAUUUUAUUAUACGGGGGAGGGGAUACAGUGUAAAUAAUAAUGCGCGAAAUGCUGGCGCGUAAAUUCAAAAUGGCGGAUGAGAGGAAUGAAGAAGCAGUUUCAGAUAUUAUUAAAGGUAAACGUAUUCUUGUGCUCCCCUCUGUUUCAAAAUUAAACUAGUAUAAACUAUCCUGUACUAAUUGUUGUUCUUGUUAUGCUCAUAGAAUCAAAAGAAGCGACGGCUUUGAAUGAGGUACAAAUUAUUGUACAAAACACUUACAAAACUGACAAACUAUAUUCACACAAUUAUGUCACAGACUUAUUAAACAUUUGGCUUGUUCAAACAAAAAUUAAAUGGUCAUGCUAACAUAAUUCUAACUUCUCACUAGUCAAGUGGCAAGCAAGAAACAAAGUGCUCAAUGCUAAUCCAGAAUCGUAAGAUUUCAUCUCAAUUUACUUCUCCUGUAACUAAGCGUUCUUCUCCAGAUUCUGGCAAGGUAAUUGCUGUGAAAUUGCGCGUAUAUCAUGUAUGUAUGGAAGUAACAACAUUGGCCAAAUUUACAGUAGAUAUUGAUAAUUAUUGAUAUGGCUGUUUUUAUUUCAUACAAUAUCUUACUUUGGUGGGAUGACAUUACGUUCAACAAACUGUAUGUUGCAUUGACGCAUUUAUACAACCUUAAUCACUUAAUGACGUCUAUUAACGUUUAUAUUUCCUAUUUAUAUUCUCUAACUACAUUGGGCAAUGCUAACUAUAGGUCAAAAUUGACAAAAACAUUUCCAUUCCAGUCAGGUGGGAUAUGAUGUAUAAAUCAUAUGGAAAAUUUUGUCCCACCUCACCUGACUGAGACCCCACCUACACACGUAAAAAUGCGCAAUUUGUAACGAAGGAUGUGUUUGCAUUUCUUGUUCCCAGCUUGUUGACAAAUUCUCAAUGGCUUGUUGACAACUUGCUACAAGGUUGUUGAGCGCAACAGACUUGUACGUACAAGUUGUGAGGUACAACCUUGUAGCAACUUGAUAAAAUAACACAGACCUGUCAACUCUCCCGGUGUUGCCGGGAGACUCCCGGUUUUGACCUUUUUCUCCCGGUUUCAAGGUAUUUUCUCCCGGGUGCUUGUUUUAAUUGUUAUGAGGUAAUGGAAUAUUUUCCAGAUUCAAUUAUCUGGCAAGAAAUAGUAAUCGUGUGAAAAUCACUCGUGUCCAAGCUGAAACUUACUCCAUGAACCACAAGUGUUCGGCUUUUUUAUCCAAUUUCGCACUAUAAGCGAUAAGUAGAUUAUUGUAAGGAUAUGAGAUGUAACGUAGGAUCUCAAAAACUAGUCGCAUUCUUGUCAUUUUAGCAUUAAAUUAAAUUAAACAAGUUGUUGAAGCGAAUGCAAUUAUAAUGAUUAUAAAGCCGGGAAGAUGAUAAGAAUUUUUUACUGUUUUGAACUCUGCAUAUGACUUUAAAUUGCUCUCCCGGUUUUUGAUAAAAUCUCACAGUUUUUUAAGGGCUAAAAAGCGAAAUCUCCCUGUUUUAAAAUUUUAAGAUUGACAGGUCUGAAUAACAGCAUCGUUACAACUUUUUGACAAGCUUGCUACAAGCCUGUUGCGAAUGCAUAUUGUUGACAAGAUUUUUAUGUGUGUAGCACAAGAUGUGAUCUCAUCUAACUUUGCUGGCCUAUUUUUCAUAUUUGACACAAGGAUUUUUAUAUGCAUUAGCAGUGACAUGCGGAUCUCACUCAAACAAGUUUCACAGUUAGCUGGGCUUGCACAUGUCAUUAAAUGAAUGAUCGGUGGUUAGACAAAUGAUACAUCUUGACAGGGGCGGUGCUAACCCUAUUUGAAUGUGCAAUUUUUUCGAGUCAUUUCCACUACUGCAUAUUAAAAUUUUUUCCACUAAUUAUUAUUUCUCUUCUCAGAAUUCUUGGCGUGAAGGGGGGGGGGGGUUGUUGCGUCUGAAAUAUCUUCCGGAUAUUAUAUUUUUUUAUAUAUCUUUUGGUUGACAUACUCGUUUACUUUUUCCUUAAAUGUUUCCAUAAAUUUCCCCAAAUUUGAGCUAUAAUUAUUAGUUUUUAUUAUAUAAAGUAUAGUGCUUUAUAGAGAUUUCGAGCACUGAUAAAAGUGAUAAUCUCACAUGUAAGAUUAUUCAUGAUAAUCUCACAUGUUAAAAUUAUCGCUUUUCAAUUAUUGCUUUUCUGUAAAAAUUAUCGCUUUUCAAAAACUGUCCUUUAUAUAAUAAACAGAAAUUCAGGGGUGCUUGGAAAUACCAGAUUUAUUUCUCGUGUUGAACAUGAUAUCUAACUCAUUCGCUGCGCUCAUUCGUGAGAUAUCAUGUUCGACACUCGAAAUAAAUCUGGUAUUUCCGCAUGUAUUGUUCUCUAUUUAAUCAGCCACCCCUGGAUCUUGAUGGUUGGUCUCUGGUAUUGGGCAGUUCACAUUCAUGAGAUGAUAGAUUCAGUUCAUAUGUUUUCCUGUAGAUACAACAAAGUUUGCGUACUAAAAGAGCAAAGUAUAACUCUAAAGGUAUGGCAGUGGAGAGACUUUAAACUACAUGCAUUUUUGGCCGAAUGUACCGGCGUGUGUUCAUUUAUAAUUUGAUUUCAAUCCAUAUAGAUGGUGAUGGCAAUCAAUCAUACAAAGAGGCGAAUGAAAAGAAAGAAUUAGAGAGUGUUCUUAGAAAAAAAGAGGAUACACUAAGAAAGCUGAAACUUGUGAAGAUGUACAGAGCUAAGGUAAUAGUAAGACCACUUUCACAAUACACACAGGUUUACACUACAUUCACACCACACCGGAGCGAAAUAACAGGUCUUAAAAUGUCUUGUGCAGGCCCUUCUGACAAAGUGUCCGAUGACUGUGAGUUAAUUAGGUCGGACAUAUGUAUGAUGAUGUCCGAUGCAUGACCUUCAGUCUGGUUCGGAAAUAAGUCCGAAUAACACAAAUUGAUAUCAGCACAAUGUAUUAACUCGAUCUGAACAAAAUGCUGUGAAUAUAUUAAAUAAAAUGUGUCAUUCAUACUUAUUUCCAAGCUAAAAUUAACUUGCUUGCCAAUAACAGCAGUAAGAUUUCGACAACUUAAGCCCGUUUUCCACUUCACCAUUUUGCUCGCGCCCAGCGCUCAAUUACAUGCAAACAACAUUUCCAGUUCACCUUUUAUACAUUACUCAGAUUCUCCAUUUUACAUUUCACAUACGAGCCUCUAGUCCUGGACUACGGUACAUUUUGAUUUACGUUGGACAAAGCUACAGUUCGGUCGGAUCGACACCAAUACACUCGGGUCGGACAAACAACUAUAAACCUCUGUGUUUCACUUAGGUCGGACAGAAUGUCCGGUAUAGUUUCCUCUCUAAACUCUACGUCUGACAAUUUCACGAAUGGGCCGUGACCGACCAAUAUUUUAAGGCCUGGAUAAUGCCGCCAACAUCCCCACUUUGCAACUUGUCUCGCAACGAAAAAUUGCGCGGCAAGUUCAAAUAGAAGUUGAACAUCAGUCUACUUUUCGCAACGCUGCAGAAUAAGUUGCUAUACGUGUAACAUGGUUUUUGCAACUUGUCUCGCAAUUUUUGGGGAAAAUUUCGCACGCAGUCUGAUAUGUGGCCUGAAAUCAGCCAUCAAUAACGCACAUUGUGUUGCAUAUUGCAAAGAAAAGGUUUGCAAGCGGUACAAAAAGUAACGGCGUUUGUGUUGACACGAAGCCGCCUGAACCGCUCCGUUUUUAUCUCGCUCCGUUUAGAAACCGUGCUCAAAUUGUUACGGCCAAUUGUUUCAAUUGUUUUCAAACAACUUCGCUCCGGCGUAAUGUGAACGUGACGGCUGAUUGUGACUUUUCUGCGCCGUUUUAGUAGCUAAACCGCUCCGUCGUAAUGUGAAUGUAAUCUUAAAUAUUCAUUUAUCUGUAUACAUCUUACUACUGCGUAGUUGAACUAGUACUGGUACAAACUAUGUCUUCAAGUGAUGAAGUAUGUCAAUUGUCAAGUAGCUAUAGUUUUCUAGGUUUCUAAUAUUCAUUCAGUAAGUUGAAACUAUCAGGUUUUUUUUGGUUUUUUUAUUUUUCCCCAUGUACAAUAAAUUUAUGUGUAGUAUAUUUACAAUAAUUGUAGAGUGCGGGCUAGAGACCUACUAGAAAUCUUAGUAGACGUUUUAUUUAGGUCUCUAGUUAUGCUAGUUUGUAUUAUAUUAUGUAAUAAAUUAUUUACAGUCAAUCACAAUAUUAAAGGAAUAUAUAUAUAUAUUUACAAGAGAGAAAAAGAAGAGAAAUUGUUCUUAUUAUAGAAGUGAAUAUUUACAAGAGAGAAAGAGAAGAGAAGUUUAAACAAGAAGGAACACAAUUGCAUAUACAAAUCAUUAAUAACACAUACAUUCAAUUGACUCACAUUGCCCAGUGUCAUCUUGUUCCAUUAGCCCAAUCAUGUUUCAUGCCAAGACAUGUCAGAUUUACACAUAUACCUACUUAACUUUGGUGUUGAAUACCUGCAUGAGAAAGGUUGGUUUGCAGGUCUUACGGUACCAACAAAAUGUAAGCACGCAGAGAGUGAAAGUAUGCUGCGCACCUACAUGGUAUUUGCUGAAAACAAAGACCAGACGCACUCAACAGUUUAAACUGAGCUUUUAUGUACAAAACUGUUAUUGUUAAUAACAUGGUUCCUAGUUACUUGUCAAGACAAUUUGCGAGGCUCUAAUCUCCAUUGAAGAGCACAUAUUUUAAUUUGUGAAAUGUAUCUUGUGUUUUAAAUAAAGAUGUCAAUCAAUCAAUAAAAAAAGUGCCAGACUGUAAUAGUGGCGAAACAAACCCCCCCCCCCCGCCCCCUCCCCCAAGUACGCGAAUUAUCGCACCCUAUAGGCGCACAGGUACGUUUUAAGGCCCUUUUACAUUUGUUAUUUUUGCUGCGAUUUUCUUUUGAUGGAUGUUCUGAUGAAGCUACAUGUAUAGAGGUGUGUAUCGGAUCGGACGUUUAUAAUCCGACAAUUGACCACUUGCGUAAUAGACUAAAUUUUAAUCUAGACAAAAAAUUCAUCACAAACAAAUUUGUCAUUCAAGUGGCAAUAUUUAAACCAAAUAUUUCGAAUAUCGAAGUCUGAUCCGAUCCGAUUCGACUGGCAACUACUUUAUCAAUCCCAAAUGAAUAUUUUUGUUCCGAUUUUAACUCCCGAAAUCCGAUCGGAUUUGCACACCUCUAACAUGUACUCAGAACAUUCGUAACUCAUCCACUCGUUCACAUCCAUCAGAAGGAGAAAAUCGCAGCAAAUAUUGCAAAUGUAAAGGGGCUCUAAUUGAGCUCCCUAUGUCGUAAGUUCCGUGGUAUCCACUUCAUAAAACUAAUACUAACCAUCUGCCUUGCAGAACAACUUAACCGAUCUCGAAGAGCUGAUAGAGAAAUGGCGUUCUAUCUGUCAACAAGCUGCAGAAGACUUGUACGGGAAAUUUAAUCAGGCGAACACGUUGACCAUGGGAAAAUUUCUGGACGGUUUGCGAGUGAAACAUGAUUUAAUACGAUAUUCUGAAGACGAGGAAGCAUUCUAUUGAUAGACAAUGUAUGAAAAACAAUGGAAUUUUUAUGGUAGGUGGAAAUUAUCUUUGAGCACUGCAGCUGUGCAGUAGAUGGUGGUCAACCAUUCGUUGUCGGAGCUGAGAAGAUAAAUAUAUAUUUACACCGGUUGCGAGGUUCGGGUGAGAAAACUGUGCCCGAGGUCUUUAAAACCGCCCGAGCCCUUUUAGUUUUAUAUAGAUUAGAAUAGGAAUGUUCGGUAUGAGAAAUUUCCGGUAUCGGUAUACCGAAAAAAUUAUACCGAUAUUAUCGGUAUACCGGUUUUCCUUUGAUAGUUAUAAAGGAAAAUUCUUUAAUGGAAGUUUGAAAGAAAUUUUGAGUAAUUCUAAAAGGGAAAACGAUCAUUUCGAAGCUGUUUCGAACAUGUUUCGAACGACAUGCACGUACUCAGUGUAAAAUGUCACUGAAGUGGAAAUUCUAAAUCAUUGCAGUAGAAAGUUCUUUGAAUUGCCAUUCAGUAGUAAAAUAAAGGUUAUGGUUUCGCCAUAUAUAGUUGGUAAAUUUAACACGGUAUACCGAAAAAUUCCGGUAUACCGAAAAAUUCCGGUAUAUCCGAAAUUUCGGUAUAUCGGUGUGGUUGAAUAUCCGGUAUCGAUAUACCGAUAUUGAUUUAAUACCGAUAUUUUCGGUAUAUCGAUAUACCGAACAGUCCUAGAUUAGAAUGGUGAUUAUAAUCAAUCCUUACUGCGAUCACUUGCUUCAAAUUUUGCUAAUAUUUGAGGGCAAAACUAGACCUGCUGGCAAGUAAAUUUUAUUCCGGGCAACCAAUUUUCAUGUCCAAACUUGCCCUAAUCGCACUGUCUAAAGAUGCCCACCAAUAGAAAAUAAACAGACGUAAAAGUCACAAAUCCAUAAGUAUAUUUAUGAUCUGUUAACUUGAAUCAAACAGGGGUACGAAGGUCGGAUAGCGUUAUCCGCCAGAGAGUGAUUUUUUCAGGCUUUCUAAAAUUGUCUGCUGAUUGCUAUAACCCAGAUUAAGAUUGUGAGGACCACAUCGGUAGCGUGAUAGCUCUUCAAGCAUUUUUUCAAGGUUGAAAAACUCACUAUCCAGCGGUAUCCGACUGUCGUACAAUCGGCCUCUGAUCCCAAAGGGCAAAGCUAACACAGCAUAUUUUGCGUUUUUAUACGCUGAACAAACAGCACCGCACACGAUUAAAGUAAGAACAUCGAUUUAUAAAAGAUUUAUUAGUUCACUGAAUGGAAUCUGUAUGCAAAGUGAAUUCAUAUUAAAGAGAAUAUUUUAUGCAAAGUACAUCAUGAUUAUAAAAAGUUCUUAAAUUGAAACCGUUCAUACGUGCAAAGAAAUCGUAUAUACACAUAUACAUCAAAUAAUUGCGUAGUGGAUAUAUGAAUAAUUUUGCAAUUGAUAUAAUAUAUUAAAAUAUAGAAUUUGAAAUAUAGAAAUAUAAAAUAAAUUCUUUGAACUGUACACAAAUUUUUAAGACGAAAAUUUCUAUACGAAAAUUUGAAAAGGUCUUUCGCUACAUUUCUUGGUCAUCGGGGUCAUUUAACAUGGCUUCGCUUUCGGCAUUGUCAUCUCGAAUGUAAACGCUUGGAACAUUGUUGUCGAAUGUCUGCUGUGUUUCAACACUCGAGGCGGAGUUGUUGUCGACCUUUGUAUAACCGUUGGUUGAACGAGACUUACAGAGGCCAAGUAAUGCGAAUAUAGCAAGUAGCGAUAAGCACGUUGCCAUUGAUAUUAAGAUGAAAUGGUUUUCAAGUUUCGUGGGUGCGUUGCUUUCGUCGUUCUUGUGAGGAAGGGCCGAACGAUCUGUGAUGUUUGCGAAUGUAGGACAAUCUGAGUUACAAAGUUUGCAUUUCUUCGUGUCUUCGUCCAGGAUGUGAUUUAUUGAACACUGUUGUACGCAGUUAGUUCCCUCGAGGUAUAGAUCCAUGCGACAUGACGUGCAGGCGUCGGGUCCAGCCCGCGUGCAGGUUGCGCAAGAUGGGUGACAUCGCUCGCAUUCUGGAAUGCCAUUAGAGUCCCGUUCAUACAUCCCCGGCGGACAGUUCUUCACACAAGUGAAAUUGAAAAGUUUCCGAUUAUCAUUACAGCUCAAGCAAUCUUUACUAGUUGCUCCUUUGCACGUCUUGCAUCCUCUGUCACACAUAUAACAUUGCCCAUUGUUCCUGUACUCGUCUUCACCGCACGAGGAUAAACAUUGAGAUAAGGAAUAUGACAGUCCCUCCACACAGCUCGUACAAGCCUCUUUUCCUCCACCAGAACAGGUUUUACACAACGGAUGACACGAUUCGCAUCGCGACGUCUCGGGGUUUCUGUACAUUCCGUCACCGCAAGAUUUCUUACAAACCGAACCCUGUAGACUGUCUUGGCUGUCUUUGCAAGAUAGACAUUGAUCACGUGUUGCACCCAUGCACCGGUCACAAGAUUCGUGACACGGGACGCACGCGCGUUUCAUGCGAUCUAACACGUAACCCGGUGAACACGUUCUUAC